UACAGAUUACGGAGAAGAGAAGAGGCCUAAAUUCCUAAAAUCCUGCCCUGCCCCACCCUUCCUUCUCAAAUCACAUCUCUAUGCUAAAAACCAAGAAAAAGAAAAAGAAAAAGAAAAACCGAAAAACUGCCGCCGGUUCUCUUCCUCCCCUAUCGGACUUCGCCGCCGGCUCAACCUCCCAUCACUGCGCCGGUGGUGGUGCUAGCAUUUGUUUUGUUUCACAGGUAUAAGUGGUGGCGCGAUAUUCCGGGUCGAGGUUUCACAUGGGGUUUUGGAAAUAGUUCGAGAAAAUCAUUCAUUUUUUUGUUUGAUUUUUACAAGAAACGUCCAAUUUUUGCUAAAAUCCCAAUUUUCUUCGCAUUUAAGCACGUGAAUUCGACUGAUCCUUUCACUCGACUGCAAUUUUGCUUUGAAUUCAAGCAUUCAACGGCCAAACUUACCCACCCCCGUACCUGAGUAGUUGACUUGCUGGUUUUGCCUAGGCUGGAAGGCACAUUUUCUGUUGGCCUUUUUCUUUUCAGUUUUCUUUUUCAGGGUCUCUGUUGCUGAAUUCUGAUCUUCCUCUGCUGAAUCGGAGCCAUUUUCCAGGAAUUCGACCUACCCAUUUCUUGUUUUUGAGGUAAAAGCUCUGAAAUCGUUCCUCCUCCUUGAGGUUUUCUUUUAAUUCAUGUUUUUGUUUCUCCUGCCUUCAAAUCUCUUCUUUCUGCUUGUGUCACUUUGUUAAGGAAUCGUCUGGUCUGCUUCAUCAAUCUCGGUCGAUAGAGCAUAAAUUGUCUUUCAUUGUAGUGUAUGUUCAGUCCCCGAUUCUAUUCUCGAUGUGCACUUCGUCUAAUUCACUCAACUUCUCAUUUCUUCGUAAAUCCUGAUCGCAUUGGUAGAUUUAUGUGAAUGCGUUUGUAGUCACUCCAUGACUUUACUGAUCAGAAACAGGGUUUAAGUGAUGAUUUUGGGGAUUCUUAGAUCUGGUGUUGAAUAAGAUCAUAGCAUCUGCCAAUGCAUCCAUUUGUUGAUCUGAAUAUUUCGACUAAUCGGGAAUGUUUAAAUGAAACAUGAGAAAAGAACUCCUCUGUCCUUCAUUAGGCUGUAAUUGUGCCCAUUUAUCUUCUUCUAAGAAGAGAAGAAAUGAGUUACUUUCUUAUUCAUAUUUAGGUUAGAAUCAAGUAAGAGAUGAACAAUAUUAAUAAAAGGAAGAACAAGGAAGAACAGCUAUAUUUCCGUCUUUUGGGUGGUAUCAUUUAUACAACUUCUUCUUAGAGGAAAAAUACAGUGAAGCUCUAAUAUCUGUGUCCUUUCAUCUCUCUAUAUCUCUCAAGAGAUUCUCUUACGCUUGAAACAUGCUGCUUGGUUAAUUUUCCACAUGUGCAAAAGUAAUGUGCUCUUUUUAGGAUUCUAGAUACUGUUGAUAAUGAAGCGUUUUUCAAUAUCACCACAGCCACUUGGUUCUGAAAAGUGAGCCACUGGGGAUUUUGCUCCAUCUUCAACAGUGAAGGUUCUUAAAAGCAUGCAUAGAUUUGUUGGUGAAGUAUGUCAAUGAUGAAAAUUCCAAAACGUUAUUGGAUCGUUCUUUUAACCUUCAUCUGCACCUCUGUUUGUUAUGUGGAACGUGUUGGCUUCUCAAUUGCUUAUACCUUUGCAGCUGAUGCUGCGGGGGUAGACCAGUCAAGCAAAGGCACUAUUCUUUCAACCUUUUACUAUGGAUAUGCCUGUUCACAGGUUCCUGGAGGAUGGGCUGCUCAAAAAAUUGGAGGGAAAAGGGUUCUUCUGAUCUCGUUUAUUUUAUGGUCCCUGACCUGUGCAUUAGUCCCACUUGAUCCAAGUCGGGUGAUGGUCUUGGUAAUCGCUCGGUUGCUUGUUGGUGUGGCACAAGGCUUCAUCUUCCCUUCAAUUCACACUGUUUUAGCACAGUGGGUUCCUCCUCAUGAGAGAUCUCGAUCUGUUUCUCUUACAACCUCUGGAAUGUACCUAGGUGCUGCUGCUGGAAUGCUUAUCCUUCCGAGCCUGGUGAAGUAUCGAGGGCCUCAGUCAGUAUUUGCUACAGAGGCAUUGUUAGGUGCCACAUGGUCUGUACUUUGGCUCAAGUAUGCAAGCGACCCUCCACGUUCUGAACAUCCCAAAGCUGCUGCAGCAGGUUUUGGUGAAUCUUUGUUGCCAAUCAAAGGAAACCAGAAGGUAAAAGUUGAGAAUGGAGGAACUUCAACACGAACCUCAAACAUUCCGUGGAAGAAAAUCUUGUUGAGCUUGCCAGUUUGGGCAAUCGUUGUAAACAAUUUUACCUUCCAUUAUGCACUAUAUGUGUUGAUGAACUGGCUGCCUACUUACUUUGAGCUUGGUCUCCAACUUAGCCUUCAGGAGAUGGGUUCUUCUAAGAUGUUGCCUUACCUUAACAUGUUCUUAUUCUCGAAUAUCGGUGGUAUAGCUGCUGAUCACUUGGUCACCAAAAGAAUUUUAUCUGUUACUAGAACCCGGAAAUUCUUGAAUACAAUAGGCUUUGCUGUAGCAUCGCUGGCACUGAUGGCUAUCCCUAUCUUCAGAACCUCUGGUGGGGCUAUCUUCUGCUCAUCUGUGGCUCUUGGUUUCUUAGCUUUAGGGAGAGCAGGAUUUGCUGUUAACCAUAUGGAUAUUGCUCCUCGAUAUGCUGGUAUCGUUAUGGGAGUCUCCAACACUGCUGGUACGUUAGCUGGUAUUAUCGGGGUCGACUUAACUGGUAAACUACUUGAAGCUGCGAAGGCUACCAAUUCUGAUCUCUCAAGUCCAGAAAGCUGGAGAGCAGUUUUCUCCAUACCAGGCUUGCUCUGCAUUCUUAGCUCUAUUGUAUUUUUGCUCUUCUCAACCGGUGAGAGAAUUUUUGACUGAGGUAAGCUUCCUUUUUUCUUCGUGGAACUUCCCUCACAUUCAUCAUUUCAUGCUACUGAUUUGUGAUUGUCACACCAAGCGGAUUUACAUAAUUCGAAUUGCCACAGAGAGUUUAAAAUGGCUGUAGGAUAGGAGGAAAUCUUAUGAUUUCAUAUGCUACAUGUUUCAAUUUCUAAGUUAAAGUUUUUUUUUGUACUUCUUUUAUUUAAGAAAAAAAUUAUGUACCAUGAUUUAGCAUCAUUGUAGUUGAUAAUUGGUAUUUCUUUGUGACAUUUGUUUUGUGGACUACUUAUACAUGAAAAUAAAGUCGGUGGUUACGAAUC